UGGCGGCAGUUUUCCGGAAGGUUCAGUAGUUUGGAAAGGAGAGCAUUCUUGCUGCUCGAGGUAAUUCUACUUUAGCGCUGGAAGACACAGCACGUAUCGCUUUGUAAAUCCGCUUCGGGAGGAACGCGUACACACCCACCGCCAUGCCCAGUACAGCGCGCAUGCGUACAACCCAGCUUUCACCUACGUAUUGAAGUGAUCCCGCCCCGUCCAAACGGUACGCAUGCGCAUUCCUGCCGCUGUCCCUUCCGGUCGGUUUCAUGCCAGUCAUACCCGAGCCGGGGCGCGACUACCGGACGUUGCAUGACAGCGCUAGCCUGCCGGUGACAAUGGCAGGCAUUCUGAACCGGAGCCGCCUUUGCCUCUGCCCAGUGAUCCAACAGUUUGCUCGCUACCCGAGGCCGACAAACAUCAGGGGUCUGCGGCACGCAAUUAGCCGCUUUCCCACGAAUUUCCAUUCAGAAAAAUGCUUAAUGCUCCAAAAAGAGAUCCAUUCCUCGAUUCUAAGAAGAAUGGAAAAAACAAGCUUGCUGGAUGAAACCACCUAUGAAAGAAUUGCAGAGGAAACACUGGGUCUUUUAUCUGAUUUCUUUGAAGAUCUUGCAGAUCAGUCUUUUGUUCCAAAAGACUAUGAUGUAACAUAUGCGACUGGUGUGCUGACAAUAAAGUUGGGGGAACCUUUGGGAACUUACGUGAUUAACAAACAGACUCCAAACCGACAGAUCUGGCUCUCAUCUCCAAUCAGUGGCCCUAAACGAUAUGAUUGGACUGGAAAGAGUUGGAUCUAUUCCCACGAUGGAGUUUGUUUACAUAAACUGCUCACUAAAGAGUUUUCCACGAUGUUCAAGACCAAAGUGGAUGUACUAGCAAUCGCUGAUAUGAGUUAUGUGUGACCCUGCAAGAAACUAUAAGAAAUGAUUUUGAAGAAAUAUUUUGCAGAUAUUAUGUAUGGAACCUUGUUCUUUUGAUGGGAACUAGAACACUGUGAAGACUGGAUUCAGCUUGUAUAUUCCUGAUUAAAUUACUGCACUUCUUUCCACUGGAGUCUUGCUCAUCACUGAACGAUGGGAAACUCUUCCAAUAUAUUUUGUUGUUUUCUUAGUCUGGGUUUUUUUUUAAAUUUCAUGCAUACUUUACAUGCUAAAUAGCUGAUUUGUUUUCUAAAUUUAGCUUAUGUAAUGUAUUGGAAAAUAAUACUGGAUUGUUGGCUCAUCUGCUUUCUGUUAAUUAUGACAAUUUUCUAUAAUUUUUUUUGCUGCAGCAUGGAAUUUGAGCAUUAAUACCAAACUAUGUUUAACCUUGCUAUCCUCGAUCUUCAAGAAAAUCUGUAUUUUCUUAGUGGAAAUAUUAUUAUAUUAUCCAUUAACAAAUGGGUAAACAUUCCUUUCUGGGUUCCUGCUGAGGAGCAGAAUAGAUAUUCAAAGCUGCAGUCCUGUAGCCCUAUUCAUUGCUCAAUUUUAGUUCGGGAAAGAGAAUUGAGUGAAACUGAGAAAGCAAGAAUUAUGUAACUUUUUUUGCAUUUGUUUUGAAGUGCUAUUAACUAGAUCAUAUCUGCCAAUCACUGGUAUAUGUCAGGAAAGAAGAUUAUUCUUAUUUCCGUAAUUGCUGAAUUUGCCCUUUUUGACCUGGUUGGUAAGGUGGAAGACAGUUCCAAGGUUGCUCAUUGUUUGAAUUGUAGGUUAAUGUUUCAGUUACUUUUCACUCAUCAAAAAUAGCUUGUAUCAUCAUUUAACAACAAAAGAUUAUAGUGAUACAGGAGGUAACUGGAUGAGGAAGCGUAUAUGUGUUGACACAAACAGAUUGAAGGAGGAGGGAGAAACAAGACAGUAUACAGAGGACAAACAAGAGAAAAUCUGCAGAUGCUGGAAAUCCAAGCAACACACACAAAAUGCUGGAGGAACUCAGCAGGCCAGGCAGCAUCUAUGAAAAAAAGUAGUUGAUGUUUCGGGCCAAGACCCUUUGGUCCUACUCAUCUUUAUUUCUCCAGUCCUGCUGAAGGGCCUCUGCCCGAAAUGUCGAGUAUACAGUGGAUUCUGAUUAAUUGCACCAUUGUUUAAUUGGGGAAGCCGCUUAUCUAGAACAACUCUUAAAGAACAGAAACUAAUUGAGAAAAUAGCCAGGAUUUCCAUUGUUUCUUUGGGACACUAUACUGCUUAAUUGGGUCAGGAGGCAGUUGCCGAACAGUCUCUAACUAGAGUCAGACAUCUGUACUUACAUGGCUGUUAGACACUACACAGUGCUUAGAGUGAACAGUUUUUAAAUAGGGUCAGCUCUGUGAGCUUGUAUUCAAAAAGCAGUGAUUUCUGUCACUGCUACUUAGCAAGAAAUAAGCAGCAAGACAAUUCAGAACUCACUGUGGUUUCAAGCAUUCAGGCUUGGAAAUGGCCGGGAAUGAAAAUGAAAUGAUUUCACUACUUCAACAAGUUAGGAACUACUGAGUAUUUGAAGGUAUCAACAAACAUCUUGAAUGUUACAGUGGAAAUGAGGAUUUGGAGGGUGCAGUUGUCGAUAGCAUUGUAUAAAAGAAGUCCAUUAUUUACACUAGGUGUCUGCGCCUAUCCUUAACAUUUACAAUCAAACAAAAGAACGCGGCAGCAUACAGGUAUACUGAAUGAAUUUCUCUGUCAGGAACAAUUAGGUAUUAAUACACAAUUUUAUAGUACUGUAGCCUAGUAUUGAUAGUGUUCUAAUAUGUUCUGUAUUUCAUUUAAGUACCUAAUUUGUUACUCAGUUAAAUGGAAGUUAGUCCUUUUUACAUCUUUAUAACUUUCCAUGAAACUUAAACAAUUUGGGCCAAAGUGUACUAGUACCAAUGUGGCCAAAUUAACCAGAAUCCAUUGUAUUUGCUUACCACUUCUGUCAACUGGAGUAGAUAUACAGACUGAAAACCAACCUUAAUUACCAAUUUUCUCAGUAUGUACUCUGCGGUUGCUUUUUAUAUUUUUAUUUCAUAUAGUUACAGUUAAUUAUGACAGAAAAGCAGCAUUUUGAUGUUGUAUAUUGAGAUUUAACAGCCAAUUGACAACCACCUGGGCUAAGUGGAUUGCUUCAAUUCCUCCAUGAUGUGCAAGGUUGGAAUAGGAAUUUAGAAUAUGACUCUUUAAUUGUACUUCUCUGCAAAGAGUUUAAAUCUAUAUUGUCACAUUUUGGUAAAUAAUAAACCCACCUUGCAUUUCCAAACAAAUCUUGCUCAGUCCACUAUUGUAGGUGAAAUCUCAUUAGCUCUCCAAAUGCAGUGAAUUUACAGAAAGGCGGAUCUAAAAGGCUUGAAGAUGGACAGAACAGUGUAUCUCCUUCACCACUUGAAGCUGAAUGAAAUUCAACAAGCUUAAGUGAAUAAAUACUGUCUUUGGAUAACCAAAUUUCUUCUUCACGUCCUCAGAUGAUCAAGAAUCAGGCAAUUGGACUAUCCGUGCCUGAUUUCCCGGUACUAAGCUAAUGAGAUUAAAGUCUGUCAGAAAGAAAUAGUAAAUCAAAAGGAAUACAUCGAAUGCCAAUCGGGAGGGCCACUAUUUCACCUACAGUAUUGGUAAUGACUUAGCAUAAAGGACUAAAGACUGCAGAGCAAAUGAGAACGUAUGCUGUUGCUACAGACUGACUCUUAUUUACCUGUUGGCUGCAUUAUCUAAUGCAACACCCACUAGUUAUACAGAGAGGAAGUUGCAGUGAGUCACCUGUAUGUCAUUUCAGUUUCGAUGCUAAACAGGAAGUUGACUAUUUCUGCUUAUUUGAGGGGCCCCACAACAGAACAACUAUAGUGAAGUUAAAGCAGGAUCCUGGUGAGAGCUGCUCCUCAUGUUCAGUGAAGAGUAAGAUUCUUUUUUGUGAUUGUGAGCAACGUGUACUUGAGUGCGUGUGUGUGAGAGAAAGUUUCUGGGUAAGAUGGGUGUGUUCAAUUUCCAAAUACAAUACUGCUGCAAAAAUAAAAAGUAAUUGAUUCCAUUUCUCAAUUUUAUUUUCCAAAUGUAGUUUGCAAGGAAAAAAUAUUUAUGUCAAUUAACAAAAAAUUAAAUUCCUGGUUCAAGCAUUCAUUGGCUGUGAAGGUGUAAAACAGAUCUGUUUCAGUGCAGCUUACCUUGUAGACCUUUUACCUUGCAUUCAUUAAGUAAAAAAUAAUUUGAGCACUUUGAAACAUGUAAUCUGAGUCUAUAUUGAAUGCUGAACUCAUGUAUAAAUCAAGUGGUCUAACUACAACUCAAAUGAUCUCAAGUUGCUGUUGGGCACACCCAUCAAGAUCAGCAUUAUUCGAAGCAAAAUUUAAAUGAGGUAUUUGUUGCUUUCCUUGUCGCCAUGUAAUGUAUUUUAAUUCCAAUAACUGGGAAGUGAUUAUACCCAUGUGAAUUCUUCUUUGCUGUUUUUUGCUGUACUUUGUCUUUUUUUACCUGCCAGCCUUUCUUUGCUACAAGCUGAUAAGGAGCAGGCAAAUAGCAAAAGGAAAGGUUCAAUAUUAUACAGUGGAGUGAUUUUUUAAAAAUAUGCUAUUGCAGAUUCAGUGAUCUGAACAUACCAGGGUAGUUAAAAUAGUUUUCUUUGGAUGGCAACAGAUACUUUACAAUUUCGCAAUUUUUAUGAGUUGUACCCUUGACACCACUGUACAUUUUGAUUAUAUGUACACUUUACUGCGAUUCCUGUGCUGCCGGUUGGUCAAUGGGGUUCAAAGGUCAGAUUUCUAUUGCCUGCACUGAAACAGUGAUUAUGGUUGCUUCAACUUUAGAGCAGAGAGAAUUUUUGUUCUGUUUUUCUCUUGAUUCCCAUACCAUGUGCUAUUAGAAAUAGAGCAAGAUCGCGUAAUCUCUUCAAAGUCAUCUUCCAGUGCUCUCUUGGAACCAACUCAGCAUGUCUACAAUGGCAAUGUCCACUAAUUGUGUUGCUUUUAUAUGGUAAAAUGCCUACGUAUAUCAGGGCUACAUUGAUUUUCAGCUACAGUAGAUAUAUACCCUCCUCAAUCUUUCACAUCCACAGACUUCACUGCUCCAUCAUUGGCAGCUGAGCUUUCAUCUGCCUGCACCUUAAUAGUGCAAUUCCUUCUCUAAACCUUUAACUCUUUCCUCCCUUUCAGGAUCUUUUAAAGCCUCCGUUUUUGGCCCGGUCAUUAUUCCUGGUACCCCCUUAUGUUGUUCAGUGUUAAAUUUUGAAUGAUUGCAUUCCCCCAAAGUACCUGGGAAUGCUUUACAACAUUAAAGAUGCAAUAUAAAUGCAAGUGGUUGUAUUUGAUAACAAAUAUUAAACCAGAUUUUAAAAAGGUAGUAUCAUUCAUAGCCAUUGCCUAUACUUUACGGAUACCCCAAAUGUGAACAAAUUAUUAUUGAAUUAUUAUUAAAUUCAAUAUUUUUAUAUAUGUACAUACUGUAUUUUCAUUCCUAUUAACAGCAGAAUGAGUUUCCCCUCUUUCCACUUUUAGUAAUUGUUCAUUCUAAACAGUCUUAUGUGCUUUCUAUGUUCUAUGGACAUGGUGUAAGGAGGAGGGAUUAGUGUUUGAUGUUUUUGAUUUGCUUUUUAGCUAGUUCAGCACAACAUUGUGGGCUGAAGGGCCUGUUCCUGUGCCGUACUGUUCUAUGUUCUAUGCAUUUGAUGCUACCACUACAGUCCCAUAGAAGUAUGGUUACCACAUCAAGAGUUUAUUGAGUAUUUUCUGACUAAUGGACAAAAUCAGCAUGAGUGUCUAUAAAAAUGACCUCUUCGUUACCUAGGGAUGACCUGUACCAGCACCGUGUAUCAUGUUCCUUAUUUGUUAUAUGUAGUCUUUGUUUAAUUGUUCUGAAUUUUGUGCAUGACUUCAAUUCCACUAGCAAUGUUUGCACAAGAAGGUGUGUUAAAAUGCUGAUUGUACAUUAACAGACAAUGAGAACUCCAUUACCUUCUAUGGAAGCCCAUCCUGUGGUAUAAUGAAUAACAAGGCAGAACGUCAGCUUUGUAUUCCAGCAUGUAAAUCUAAGAUUGGAUACUCUUGGAUUAAACCUCCUGUUUAAUUUCUUGUUUUAGUU